AUGUUGAAAAAGUCAUUCAAAAUAAGAGCAAGAACCGGAGGAAUCAGGCGAAAAAUAUCAAAAGAACAUGCUAGAAUUAUGUCUUCUAAUUCUACCAAUACACGACAAAAAGAUUUAGGCGAAGUAAGUUGUGACAAUAAAAAAGAAGGUUCCGUAGGUCAAGUAGGAUCUGAAAAUAAACAGGAUACGACAUUCUCGUGUUUACAAAAAAAUAUUGUGAAUGAGAAUACUCAACAAAAUCGUGUUCAUUCUAGUCCACUUUAUUUUUCUGAAAAUGAUAGACCUCAGAGCUCCGAAGAAAGUGAAGAUGACAGUGAUAUUGAUAAAUAUGUAAAAUGUUCUUCAUUUCGUGAAAAUAUAAGAAGAUGGGCAAUCGAAAAGAAUAUUAAUCAGACAGCGUUAAAAGAUCUCGCGAAAAUUAUGAAUGGAUUAAUUCCGAAAAUAUUACCUAUGGAUCCAAGGACCAUUGUAAAAACACCUAGGUUUGCCAAUAUAAAAAAAAUUGAAGGAGGCGAAUAUUGGCAUAAUGGAAUCACUCACAAUUUAAUAUUGCUGUUGGAAAACUGGACAGAUGUACCUGAUAGCAUAUCUUUAAAUUUAAAUUUUGACGGUUUGCCAAUUUUUAAAAGCUCGAAGAAAGAAUUUUGGCCAAUACUGUGCAACAUUUCUGAAAAUACUAACAUUAAACCUUUAGUAAUUGGGAUAUAUUAUGGAAUUGGAAAACCUAAAAAUUUAACAACUUAUUUAGAAGAUUUUAUCGCUGAAGUUAAUCAUUUAUUAGAUGAGGGAAUCACACUAUCGCAAAAUUGUGAAAAGAAAAUUACAAUAAAGAUCAGAUGUUUUGUUUGUGACUCACCUGCUAGAGCUUUCAUAAAAGGUGUUUGUAACUUCCAUGGAAAACACGGCUGCAUGAAGUGUGUUACUGUUGGUGAAUAUUCUCACAAUUCACACACAGUUACUUUUCCGGAUACAAUUUGUUCCGAGAGAACAAAUGAUGGUUUCCGAAAUAAGCUUUAUGGGGCGCAUCAUAAGAAUGAUUCUCCAUUGCUAAAUCUUCCAAUAGAUUUGGUUAAGGAUUUUCCAGUAGGUGAUUCAUUGCAUUUAAUUGAUCUAGGAAUUAUGAAGAGGCUACUAGUUGCAUGGCGUGAUGGAUCAACGGAACGUACAAAAAUAUUGCAAACAUUUUUAACGGAACCUGAAAAUGUAACCGUUAAAAUUUUGUCACAUACGCGGUGGUCGGCAAGAGAUGAUGCUUGCUCGAGCCUGAAUAAAAAUUGGGAACAAAUAAUUAAAGCUCUGGAAGCAAUAAAAAGUAACUCUUCGCAACAAAAAGCCUUAAUCAAAAAUGAAGCUACAGGUUUAUUGGCUCAACUGAAUUCCUUAGAAACAGCGAUAUUAUCGGAAUUCUGGGGAUCAGUCCUAAAACAAUUUAAUACCGUUUCUAAAGUUUUGCAAGGUGUGGACACAAACGUUGAGGUAGUCUCCAACCUUUACGAUUCCCUGAUUACUUUUGUGAAAAAUCAACGCGAAUUAUUCGAUGCAUUUGAAAAAGCUGGAAAAGAAAAGUGUACUGAAGAUUACAAAGAUAGCCGGAAAAGGAUAACAAAAAGAAAAAAACGAGACGAUGAGCAACGCGAAGGAGAAGUAAUUUUACAAGGACGGGACUAUUUUAAAGUGAAUACUUUUUUGCCAAUAUGCGACCAACUGUUGGGCGAGUUAAGGAGGCGUAAAACAUCCUAUGACGCUGUAACCGCCAAAUUUGUAUUUCUAUCCAAUUUAAGUACACUAUCUGAGGCGGAAAUUAAAUUGAACGCAUUAUCACUCCAAAAGUCUUAUCCUACUGAUCUUGCGGAUGAUUUAAAGGAUGAAUGCAUACUAUUAAAGAAUUUUUUGCCGUCUCAGGGACAAGAAACUAAAACAAGUUUACGCGAACUAAACUUAUUAAUUAAUAAAAAGGAUCUGAAAGUGGCGUUUCCUUACAUUGAAAUUGCGUUGCGCAUAUUUCUUUGUACUGCAGUAACGAAUUGUAGUGCAGAACGCUCAUUUUCGGUACUCAAACGGAUAAAAAACUAUUUAAGAUCGCGUCUUAUCGAAGAACGGCUUAAUAAUUUGGCAAUUUUGAAUCAUCGAAGCCGAUUUAACAAAUAA